AAUCCCAAUAACGCUCAUAAUAACUCCAGCAACUUUUACCAUGCAUCUGCAAGUUCCUCCUCUUCUACUCCGUCACCGCCACCACCACCAUCUUCUUCUUUUCAAUCCACGCCGAUUAGUUGUUAUGGUGGAACAAUUGAAACUAGAGUAUCAAGAUUUAACCUAUUAAACUUAAAGCAGGAAUUGCAAUCAAUCACUUCCUCCUCAUUACUAAAAAGGGGAAAAUACUAUAAUUUAUAUAAUGAAAUUGGUGGAAAUAUCAAAGAUCUCGAAGAAAAUAUGAAAGAAGCAAAAGAAAUUUUCAUCAAAAAAGAUAAAUCAACAAUAAGCAGUAGUCCUAAACAAGCAAACUUAAAAAGAAAAAAGCAAUCAAAAAAUGCUGACGAUGAUUCUGACUCUGAUGAUCUGUAUCUACCACCAGGCCAAAAACCUAAAAAGAAUGCAAGGUCAAGAAGUUCAACUCCGAUCAGAUCUAGUAGCGGUGUUAAUAAUGCAAAAAAUAAAAAUAGAGGUGGCACGUAUAAAGUUAAAGAAAGAAGACAAAGAGUCGCCACUGAAGCCACUUCAGCUCCAAAUGAUGAACCUCCUGUUGUAAAGGCUAAAGGCCAAGUUCCAAUUAAAACUUUUUACGAUUAUUUGGAUCCUUAUUUCCGUGAUUUUACACAAGAAGAUUUGAAAUUUUUAUCAGCCAAAUAUUAUGAAUUUCCUAAACUAGGAAAACGUUACACAGAAACUUGGGAAGAAGAAUUGGGUGAACUUACACAACAUGAUCAAGGUGGAAUUGUGCAGUCAAAUGGAAAAUUUAACACUUAUUCGUCAAACACUCGAUACGGUGAAAGUGAUGAUGAAUUUUUUGGAUCUAUAAGUGAACGUUUAUUAUCUUCUUUGAUAGGAUAUGGUGAUGAAUUUAAUCAACAGGAGGAUCAUCAAUAUUUACAAUCAAAUGUACAUAAUGGUUAUCAUAGUACUAGUGGCAAUAAUGACAUUAUUAAUGAUGAUGAUGGUGAUUUCACUGGAUUAAUUUCCAAAGAUUUUUUGAGGGACUUUGAUACACAAGACCAUAAUGUGAACGAUAACGUUUUUAGAGAAUUGAAAGCUUUGGGGUGUGUUGAUGAUGACGACGAAAUUGGCAAAGAGUUGCUUGAAUUACAAGCAAGGCUGCGUGAAUUGGAAAAAAAGAACGCAUACCGUAAAUCUGUCCUGAAAGAAAGUGUAAAGGACAUGAUAGGUUAUCAACAAUUUAUCCAAAUUGAAACAGUAAUUAAUAAUGAAAUUAAUGAAGCUUACUUGGCUCGACAUCCUGAAAAGCAAAAAGAAAUAAAAAGUAGAAGAAGUGGUUCCAGAAAAACAAUUCCUGGUGAUGAUGAUAUUGCAAAUAAACUUGAAAGAUACAAAGAAUUAUCAAGAUUAAUUGGUGAUAAGUGGAGCAAUGUUGAAAAAUUCAAAGUACCCACUGAAUCAAUCUUCAACGAAGAAGAUAUGAAUAAUUAUGUAUAUGAACCAGAUAAUUAA